AUGCCCACCCGCGCAACCAAACCCCCGCCCCCCGCCUCCACCGCAUCCUCCUCCUCCCUCUCCUCUGGCCGACCAGACCGCAGCGCCACCCUCCCCCGACCCCAAGCCUCCGCGACACCGCAUUCGCGCUCCAGCGAGGAGAUGAGCGAACCUCCCCGCCGCUCGCAGCGCUCCCAGCCCAGCAAGAAAGAUGAGGCGGCGAAGGAGGAGCAUGAGCUGGAUGAGGACGCGAUCGAGGAGGAUGAGGAGGUUACGCGAUGCGUGUGUGGCUUGUCGGAGUAUCCUGGUCCUGCUUUGAGCGAGGCUUUUGACGGCGUGGACGCGCAGGCGGAGGACGCGGGGGGGUUGUUCAUCUCCUGUGACGCCUGCAGCGUCUGGCAACAUGGAGGAUGUGUUGGCAUAUUCGAAGAGGCACAGGUGCCCGAUAAAUACUACUGCGAGGAGUGCAGACCAAAGCUGCACGACUUACACGUCGAUUCCAGAGGGCAAAACUACUCCCUCUACCAACCCGUCUACUCGAAAACCGGCCGCAAGCCCUCGAUCAGCAAGCAUGGCGACAAGGCGAAGCACGAGCGAGAAGCGGCAUCGCUACGUGCGAGCGCAGAUCCGGCCACUGGAAGGAGGAGGGCGACAAUGCGGAGUAAAGAGCAUGACGAAGAGGAAGAACAAAUUCGAAGAGCAAUCGAAGAGAGUAAGCGGGAGACAGGAACCGCUGGUGGCAACGGCAGUGGGCGGAGGAAUGGGAAAAGAGCGAGACCUGACAGCGAAGAUCAAAGAUCAGACUUGAAGCGCCAACGGCGAACUUCGGAGGCUGCGAAUCAAAAGCCCACUCCGGCAGACGAAGAGUCAGAAGACGACCUUGCGAGCGGCAACGGUGGCAAAGGCAAGAAAGGCCGAACAGAAGCAGUGCAGUCCGCGCGUCAGACCGAGCAGCGGGAGAAAGAGAAGGAACGGGAUAGAGCGCGGGCAGAAGCCGCGGGGCGGCGACAAGAGCGAGCAGGGCGGAGGAGAGUGGAAGAUGAGGCAUCGGAAGAGACACCAAAGCCCACUGCAAGCGCAAAGGCCUCUCCACCUCCCCCUUCGAAGCUGGGCAACAUUCUCAACGCCAAAACCCGCGGCGGCUCCUCUCCUCCUAACGUGAAGAAGACCAUCCCGUCAGCAACCAAUGGCGCCAGCAGCGGCGACGAACCUCUGACAAACGGCGACUCUCAACACAAAAUGGGCAGCAACGGCAACGGCACCACCAAGAACAGCCCGGAACGAGGCGCGCCAAUGAGAGGCAAGUUCGGCCGCGGCAGGCACAAAGGCGUGGUGGGCAAUGGACUCAAACAUCAUCACGGCCCGGAGGACCCGUCGGAGCUCAGUAUCGCGACGAUGAAACGCCGCAUGGACGGCAUGGCUGCUUUCAUCGCCAAGGCGCAGGCGGAGCUGGCGGGCGACAGGAGAGUGCUGCAGCAUGGCGCUGGGGUUCUUCCGCCUCCGCCUAGGAGUGGGGUGGAGGAUGGCGGCGGGGAGCAGAAGUUUGAGAAGAUGAAUGCGUUGGACAUGGCGGGGGUGGUUUCGCGGGAGAUUCUGGAGUGGCAGAGUCGGUUUGCGAGUGGGGCGUGA